UGGGCGGGGACUGUCCUGUUCUCUUCCCCAACCCCCUCCUCGGAAGUAGACGUAUCUGUCUAUAUUCCAUUCUUUUCUUUUUAUAUAUAUUUUUUUACAGCCCCUUUUCCCUAAGCAAUAGGACAAUGGAAGCCACGAUGGACGACUGAACAGAAGUGCGGGUUCCACCUCUUUUCUUCAUCCUUGAAUCGAGUGGACCGGAUGAAACCCAACUGUGGUUUUCUCCGCUACGCAGGGGAGGUAGCUGUAUCCAGUGGGGAGGUAGGCUUGACCUGGGGAGGACAGAAUGAAGUUCAUGGAUCCCUGGGGACGCCAGAGGCUGUCUUUUCUUCUAGAAAAGGCCGCCUCUAGGGAAGCCAAGAUUUGGAAGGUCUACGUGCCAAAGAAACCCUCCUCACAGGAUACAGACAUCUCCCCGACCCAGCGGGACGAGGCCGUGCGAUGGCUGACGGAGCUCCACAGCAGACUGCGGCUCUACCCAGAGACCCUGGUGUUAGCCGUUAGCAUUCUUGACCGCUUCCUCAUUUCCAUCAAGGCCCGUCCGAAGUACCUGCGCUGCAUCGCCAUCGCCUGCUUCUUCCUGGCUGCUAAGACCUGUGAGGAGGAUGAGUGUGUGCCCUCUCUGAAGGCGGUAGUCGCCUCCAGCAACUGUGGCUGCUCCCCAUCAGAGAUCCUGAGGAUGGAGCGGAUCAUCUUGGACAAACUGAACUGGGAUCUGCACACUGCCACAGCUCUGGACUUCCUGCACAUUUUCCAUGCCAUGGUCCUGUCAUGUCAAUCUGGGUUCCUGGACUCCAUGCUGGGCCUGAACCGGUCUCAGCACCUUGCCCAGCUCACACAGCGACUGUACCACUGCCUCGCGGACCACACACUCAUGCAGCUCAGAGGAUCCAUGCUGGCUUUGGCCAUUAUAACCCUGGAGCUGGAGACCUGCUGUCCUGAUUGGCUGGCUCUGACCAUCAACCUGCUGAGGAAGGCGCAGAUCGACAGCUCUGAGUUGAUUCGCAGUCGAGAGCUGGUGGCACGUAGUAUGUCCACACAGAGAGCUUCCCUGUCUCCAAACACUGUCUACAUCUACCAACCCCUGCAGAGCCACAGCACCCUGCAGCUCCCGGCCCUGGACCCCUCACUUACCUGCCAAACUCUGGGGACCAUCACCUCCACCACCGAGUCUUCCAGGGACCACACACUCACUAAUGCUACCCCUGGUGGAGAAGAGGAGGGCUCUGUCUCCUCCUCCUGCUCCUCAGCUCUGCUUUCAUCACCCAAACACCUCCGCCAUCUUAACCAGCUGAGGAAGAUCACGCUGCGCUGCAAAGCUUCCACCAAGCGCAAGGUGGAGCAGAUGGAUGUGGACGACUUCUACGAUGGCAUCAAACGACUCUACAACGAAGACAUCAUCAGCCCCACCGCUGUCAUCCAGGAGGGGGCAACGUCUGCAGUAGGGGCGAUGACAGCAGGUGCUGGAGGAGGAGGAGGCGGCCUUUCCAUCAGCAACGUGGUGUUGUCCCGACAAGAAGGCAGCUCCUCCCCCUGCCCGCCUCUUCAACCGGUCACUUCCUCCUAGAGACCAACCAGGAAGCAGGUAACCAAAAACAGCUCAACAUCAUCAUUGACGAGUGACCCGUCAGCCGCAGGUGUUCAAGGCAGAGAACGAUUCAUAAAAAUGGCAGCUCCAUGAUGAAAUAUUUGUCCAUCAGUGUUAGUGGAGAAAACCGUCUUUUCUGAUGUUGAGUUGUUUUUGGUUGCGAUGCUUUUGAACCCAAACUGUUGCGCUGACCUGAGAUCAGCUCCCAUCAGCCCCUUCAGCUGGAAAACAGAGCCCAAAAAAAUGUAAAUAUUCAAAAGUGUGCAAAAAAAAAUUCUUCUUCUCAUAUUAAUACAUGUUAAAAUCAAAAUCAUCCAAAAAAAUUUAUAAACGGAUAAAGUUGCAUUAAUAAAAAAACAAGAAUCGAGUCCUGCUCUUGUGGUUAGUUUACUGACCUGUUGUGGAAGAAUUUCUGUUUUUGGAUUUGUUUGUUAACUUAUAUUUGUUCUCUUAAAACUCUUCUUUCUUUUAUGUAUGCGUUUAUUCUGUUUCUCUUUCGUCUAUGUUCAUGUUUUCAUAUAUUUAUGAGUCUGAAUGGGAAGACAGAGGUUGGUGUAGACGACUAUCUGAACUACUCGCCCAGAUAGAAGAAAAGUUUUGUGCCAUUUAAUUGUUAAGAAGCUAAUAUCAACAUCCCUCUGUUUUCCCUGGCCAUGCAGCUUGUAGUGAUGCUAGGUUGAACCGAUAGUUGUUUUAUUCAUCCACAAAUAGAAAAGAAGUCUUUGGAGUUGUGGCUUGGAUCUGGUUUUGGUCAAAAACUUCUGUUUUGUUGUUUGUGCCAACAGCUGAUGGUGAUGCUUUUUGCACAUCGACAGCCGUUUGCUUCAUUUAUUUCUCUACAGCAUCAACAUGAAGCUGCUGAGUCUCAGUUUGAGGUUACAGGAACUGAUUGGAAUUUUUUUUGUCUUAGUUUAAAACCCUUUAGAAGAAAAAAGUGAAUUCUCACUCAUGUUCAAAGAUAAAACUGUCAUCUGCCCAGGUUCUGUUUAUUUUAUUUGUCUUGAUACUAAAAUCUCUAUUGUUCCUGCUGAGGGAGCUAUUGGUGGCUUAUUCAGGUCCCUGAAUGCACCACAUCUCCACUAAAUAAAGAGUGUGAAAUCUGA